AUGGACACCUCUGCUGUCAUUCUGCUUGUCCUUCUAUUGGGGACACUCAACACAGUCCAGUGCCAGUAUGAAGAGGCAAAAUCUGAGGAUGUUGAAGAAGGUGGCCCUCUUGGUUUGAGAAGAGACAAGUUCUCAGAGGAGGAUAACGUAGUGUCCAAUCUGAUUGAAAGGGCUGCUGACAAGAAGGAAGACGAUAUCCCUGAGGAGGAGAAGUACACCGUGUCUGGUCUGAUUGAAAGGGCCAGCAAGAAUGCAGGGCAAGCGCUUGAUGACCCAGAGAUCACAGAGGGUGAUAUCGCAGUGUACACUGGGUUCCAGAACGCUGACCCCUGCACCUCGCGUGGCUGCAAGUGGCCUCGUGCCCGGGACGGCUUAGUCUACGUGCCUUACUACAUCUCCAACCAGUACUCGUCCCGUGAAAGAGCCACCAUUGAGAGGGGCCUGCAGUCUUUUGCCCAGUCCACCUGUAUCCGCUUCCGACGACGCACAAGGGAGAGAGACUAUGUGCACAUCCAGUCACGCUCAGGGUGCUGGUCCUUCGUGGGGCGUAGAGGUGGAGAACAGAUUUUGUCCCUGGAUCGACGGGGGUGUGUGUACCACAUGGUGAUUCAGCAUGAGCUCCUGCACGCCCUGGGCUUCAACCACGAGCAGUGCCGCAGUGACCGUGACCAACACGUCUAUAUUUAUUACCAGAACAUCGUCAGAGGACUGGCAUACGCCUUCAACAAGAUUAACACCAACAACCUGGGCACCCCCUAUGACUACGGCUCCGUCAUGCAUUACGGAAGGUAUGCCUUCUCCGCAAACCGGCAGCCCACCAUUGUCCCCAUUCCCAACGCCAAUGUGCAGAUCGGAAGAGCCACCCAGAUGAGCCGCAUGGACAUCCUGCGGGUCCAACGCCUCUAUGGAUGCAGUAUGUAG